GCGGAUCUGAGGAUAACGUGCUGUGGAUAGCGAUGGCAGGGACCCACCAGAUCUGGGCUUUGUUCCUGGAUGAUGGGAAACUGCCAAAAGGAAGUGAGUCCAAGGCGGGGACGUGCGUCCGGUGGGCCGGCAGCGGCAGCGAGGAGAACCGGAACAACUCUUACCCGCACAAGGCCGGCUUCGCCCAACCUUCAGGCCUGGCUGCGGCCCCCGAGGAGCCCUGGAGCUGCCUGUACGUGGCCGACAGUGAGAGCUCCUCCAUCCGCACGCUGGCCCUGAAGGACGGAGCCGUCAAGAUGCUGGUCGGGGGGGAGAGGGAUCCACUGAACCUUUUUGCUUUCGGGGAUCUAGACGGCAAAGGAGUAGACGCCAAGCUGCAGCAUCCUCUCGGUGUGGCCUGGUCUCCUGAACAAAGCCUGCUCUAUGUGGCCGACUCCUACAACCACAAGAUCAAGGUGGUGGAUCCAAAGACAAAGCAGUGUAGCACGUUAGCAGGGACUGGAGAGGCUGCAGAUACUGCGGGCCCCGAGUUUAACACAUCCUGCUUCAAUGAACCUGGAGGAAUCUGCAUGGGGGACAACGGCAAAAUCCUCUAUGUGGCAGAUACCAACAACCACCAAAUCAAAGUGCUGGACCUGUCCUCCAAGACCGUUUCACUGUUCCCCAUCUCUACAGACUGCACUGACUCAGUACCUUCAAAGCCUACAAAAGCUCCUACGCUGCCGAAAUCGGCCGCCAGGAAGGAAAUGCCACCAGUGGUCGUGUCAGCUGGCCAGACUCUCGUCAUUUCGCUCACUCUGACGCUUCCCGAAGGAACCAAACUCACCGAGGACGCCCCCAGCUGCUGGACUCUCUCAGCUGAGGGUAACGAGUGGCUGCUAGACGAACCUGUGGUCACCGGUGACAUCAUGGAUCUGUCGAAGCCGCUCUCCAUCUCAACCAAACUUCCAGCAGUUAUAAAGGACUUGAGCAGCCACCCUAACCUCACUCUGAGCGUUUGGGUGUUCUACUGCAUGGAGACAGGUACAACUUGUAUGAUGAAAGCAGCCUGCUUCACCCAGCCCCUUCAAAUAAGUGCCGAUCCCAAAGAGGAGGAAAUCACUGUGGCGUUGGCUCAUGUUUUCUAAAAUCUCUUACAUGUUUUAUCCAGCCCAACACCCUUUUUGAGUUCAUUUUUUCUAGAAGAAAACAAUGAAUGUCACUUUUUUUAAGAAUGUGAUACAAACCUUAUUUUCAUCGGAAUUUCAAUUGAAACUACUCCGGAGCCCCCUCUAAGAAACAUAAUGCAUCAGUGCUGUGAGUGACAGUUAUUGGUAGGAAUGCAAAUAGUUACACCCCCAGGCAUGUUAUAAAGGACAGCAAAUACAACUGCUGCCUGAAUAAUUAUGUUUAUAUGAUGGUUUAUUUAUGCAAAAAUUCCUACAAGGACAGGCUGUACUAGGCUUCUGUAAGAAAACUGCCAACAUUUUCUAUUUUAUAUAAAACACUGUCACAGGGCUACAUUAAUGCAGAGAGUAAAAUAUAUCCUGUGGAUUUAACUUGCAACGUAUUAAGAAUAUUUAAUCAGCUGAUGAUGGUGUCAGUGGUGUCUAGACAUAAAAAAAGAUUAACAUUUAAUGAUGGAGGAUUCAAAAUACUUCCUAACAUAGCAAAGAAGAAGCCUGUAAUUAGCUUGAUAUUUUCACCUGAUCCACCAGAUGUGAAAUUCAAAGAGUACACGGUUUACAUUCCAAAUAAUUGUAAGCACAAAUUCUGGCAAAUACAAAUUAAAUGCCUUCUGUUCAAACAUAAAACAUAAAUUCUCACAAACAUUAAAGGAGCUUUUUCUUUUAGUCCAUUCAUAAUUCCAAAGUAGUUUCUCAUUCUGCUUUUGAAUGCUAAUGAGUUAUAACAAAGGGGGAAAAAAUAAAGAUCUUUUGAGGGUGAUAAAAUAACUUGCAGGGACUCAAGUAAAUACCAUCAUUAAUAUAUUUGAAACUUCAGGGUAUUAAACAAGUUUCUGCUAUUUCUAAUUGAAUAAUAUAUUGCCAUGUCUGUGUGUGGUUGCUUUAGUCAGCUUGAUGGUGCCUUCAGGCGCUCUAAUACAUCUUGCGUAAACAUUCAUCUACUGAAUGUCACUGAAGACAGACCAUUCAUUUUUACUUUACAAAGUUCACACAUGUAUGUUAAAGCUUUUUCCUGUCUCCUCUCCAUGUAUGACUGAUUAUACUUAUUAUUGCUAUUAUUCACACAACACAAGGAGCCCUUUUGCUUAAGUUAUCUAAGAAAGAAAAGUGCCUGUUUUUGAUAACUGGUGAACUUAUGACACCGAGUAACUGCUGCUUCUGCACUUUGAAGGAUAUUGAAUUAAGAAAAACAUCUUAAAAUCUCUCUAACAAGCAUUUAUCCGCUUCAUAUCCCCUCCUUAAAAGGGAACGCAACAAGAAAGAGAAGUAUGCUUUACCGUAACACACUGUGCUUUCUGUUGUGUAGCGUACAGUAACAUAAUCAUUUUCCCUUACUGGUUUUCUAAUUUAUGAGCUGUUGUCAGAAGAGGGUCUGAGAGUGCUUGGUUGAGCAUUUCUGUCAUCAUGUCUCACAACAUAAUUGUCAUUGUAGGAAUGUUUUUAUUUGGUUUGGAAGUGCCUUGCAAAAAAGCUGGUUACUGAAAGGACGGUGUGAAUGAGAUAAUCUAAACUGUAUCAAAAGCAAUAAAAACCCACCUCUUUAAUGGGAAAAGGUUUUAUUCCCACCAGAUAUUUAUUUCUAAUGAACUGCGAAAGAUUAUAGCUCAGCUGUUCUAUCCCUAUGGCGUUUUUUUAAUAAACAACAAUGAGCUUGA